UGUUAUGGUGAGUGGUUUGAAUUUGUUCGCUCUCUAAAUCCUUUAAAUCGCAUCUAUCCUAAUUCUUUUUAUAUAUAUAUUUAUUUUUCUUUUCUUUCCUAUAUACCUUUCUAAUGCCACUAGAAAUAAAAAACGAAAGAAUGGCUCUAGAUAUCUCUACAUUAUUAAAAUUAAUUCCGACGUUUGACACCAAAGAAAAUAACCAACUAUAUAGAUUUGUUCGAUCUUGCAAUUCUGCCUUUGCUUUAGCCUCUUUAGAACAAGAAUCAAUCCUCUUAGUAUACGUUUUAAAUAACAUCACUGGCUCAGGUGCCUCCGAUGUCCAUUGUAAACAAUACAAAACAUGGAUUGAGCUCAGAUCGUUCCUUAUCGAAAAAUUCUCGCAUGUAAAAACGAUUAGCCAUCUAAGCCUAGAACUACAGUCUAUGUUCCAAAAACCAAACGAAACAAUGACUGAAUAUUUUCACCGGGUAGACCUCUGUAGGAGUAAAAUCGUAGAAAAACUAACAGCGGAAAUUUUAGAUGAGACGCUCGCAGGUCGGUUAGCGACCACAGAAGAAACCGCCUUAUCGGUAUUUAUCAACGGAAUUAAUUCAGACGUAGGAGCAAUGCUGAGAACUAAAAACUUUAGUAAUCUCUCCGACGCAGGUCGUUUCGCGCUACAGGAAGACAAAAUUCGAGCAAUGAAUAAUGCUAGGCAGGCACUAUUUAGAGUAUCAGCCGCUAGUAGGACUGUUAAUAGUCCUAGACCGCACGUAAAAUUUACGAUUGACAAUCGAUCGAUGACGCGACCUCCUAAUAUAUACCAACAGAAUACAUCAAAAACGCCAUCAUAUCAAAACGUUAUUUGCAAUUACUGUAAGAAACCAGGCCACCUCAUCGCCGAUUGUAGGAAACGAGCAUAUAAUAAUAAUAUCAGAAACUCGUUACAAGAACAGAACAUAUCGCCCCAACAAAAUUUCCGUGCAUUACCUGCCGCUAAAAUAAAUAAUUUAAACCAUUUAGCGGCCAGCGAAGCGAGCAGUUCGGUGGAAACCGCUUUAACGUCUUGCUCACCUCAUCAAACACAGACAUCGACCCAGGAAUUAAACCUGGAGGACCUACAAAUAGAUUCUUAGAAAAUAAUCAAAUUUCAAGGAAGUUUAACGCUUAUACGCCGCAUUCAGUCCA